AUGGCUUGCUGGAGGGUUGCUGGUCUACCAGUUCUUGCCAUCGGGGACAACACUUUUGGUGGAUGGUUACAAGACCGCUUUAAAGUUUGGGGGGACGAUAUGAAACAUAGGGCGGUUAUGGUGAGCUGGGCAUUAUGGCAGGUUAGAAAUGAGAAAGUUUGGAAGAAUACAAGUAGGUCUGUGAAAGAAGUUAUCACGUUGGCUAGAGGUAAUUUUGAUCAAUGGAGAACUGCUCAGGAUAAAACUUUCAUCCCCUCUCUGUAUUUGCUUCAUCCAGGGGAAGGGGCUGAGCAUUGGUCCGCACCAGGGGGAAACAAGAUCAAAAUCAACGUUGAUGCAGCUGUCUUUCCUGAUCUCCAUAAGUUUGGCUAUGGUUGGGUGGUUAGGGAUGCAUCUGCUAAUCUUAUUAGUGCUCAUACAGCUAGCAAAGUUGGAAGUAUUGACCCUACUCUUGCUGAGGCGAUUGGAGUAAGGGAGGUUCUGAGUUGGAUAAAAGCUACUGAGCUCACCAAUGUAGUUGUGGAGACAGAUAGUUUAGUCACAGUUCAGGCCUGCAGAAGUACAGUUAAAAUGCACUCUACGUUUGGUUUCUGUAUUGAUGAGUGCAGGACACUAAUCUCUAGUUUACAUGAUGUUUCUUUAUGUUUUGUUAAGCGAUCCGCUAACCGUGUUGCUCACCAUUUGGCUCGAGCCUCAUGUUUGAAUGCUGGUUGCAGUUAUUCGUCAGCUUCGGCGUCGAGUAAUUUGAUUGAUGUAAUUUUGCUUGAUUUGGUUUAA